GAUCAGAUCCUCAAACGGCGGGCGGAGAUCUGGCAAGCCGUGCGGGCCACCCUGGGACAGAUUCCACAAGGCGCCGGCAUGAUCAAGCCCAACAUCAACCAUGCGGACAAGGACUGCUUCGAAAAUUUGCUCAUCGAUUUUAAGCUCUUGGCUGUGAACACAUUCAGCAGGCACCGCUCUUUUACCUAUACGCAUGACGGUUUCAAGAAGGCCCACAGAUCCUUCAUUGACUUCCUUUUGGUGCGCAGGUUGGCAGAUGGCGGCAAGGAGGACGACACCUUCCGGUUGAGCUGGAGGUCUUCAAGAUACAUCGGCCUCACAGCAUACCUCCCCCAUGGUCACAUCGUGCUCCAGGACUUCUACGUGCAGCUUUCGAGGCGUCUCCGAAGACAGCGGUUGGAUCAAUUGCUGGCAGACGCGCAGGCCCGAGAUCAAGUCGAUGGUUCCAGUGCGGUGUUUGACCUCUUGAAGCGUGUAGCCCCCAAACAAGCUCGCAAAAGGACUCAGCUCCGCGAUGCCAGCGGCAAGCUGAUGACCCCACUUCAGGAGGCCGAGGCGCUUGCUACAUAUUGGAAGGGAGUCUGUGGGGACACCGACGGUGAGGACGACACGACCAGCACACGGACAAACCAGGCGCAGGCCACCUUGAUCAAACACGUUGCCCCGUACAACAUCACUCAGGGAGAGGUGGAACAUGCGCUACAAUCUUUACAUGGUAGCAAGGUCGGGGCCUUUGUGCCCAAGGAAUGGCCAGGUGCCUGGCUGACGCCAAUCGCUCUCCUCGAGCCGGCGGGAAAGGCCAUCAGUGGCGUCUUGAAGGACAAACUGGCCCCGUACUUGGAGGCUCGGACGCGUCAUCUACCAUUCUUCGGCUACCUCAGCAACCGGUCCACCCAGCAGGCGUUGGAUCUGGUAUUCCAGCAUUGCAGUCACAUUCGCCAGCAGACUCGUGCACAGGGCAGAUCGCUUUAUGCCAAAAGAGCAGGGGUACCGAGUGACCUCGUUAAUUUGCUCAUGCGAUGGGUUCAGGACACAGAAUACCACAUCGUCCAGGAUGACGUCGAUGUGAACUUCAGCUCCCGUCAGGGAAUCCGACAAGGAUGCAAACUUUCACCUACUUUAUGGGGAUGCAUCAUGGUUUACAUAGUCCAUGAGAUUGAGCGUGUGCUAGGCGCGGAUUGGUGCCUAGAGCACUUGGUCAACUACGCCGAUGACACACACCUGAGGUGGGCAUUCUCCUCCUUGCAAGGCAUGCACGGGGCCAUGGCACAAGCUUCCAGGACCUUGGAGAUCCUGGAGAGCAUGG